AUGAUGCUUAUAAAAUCAACUAAAUUAAAUUAAGUUAAUAAUUUAGUAGUUCUCCAUGGCUUAUGUGGAUAACCUUCUAAUUUUAUUGAAUUUGCAAAUCAAAAAUAAAUAAUUAGCCAAGUUAACUCUCAUUUACUCGAUUGGCAUACUCAAAAGUUUAACAUAAAUACUUAAUCAUUGUAUCUUAGAGAUUAUAUUAAGAAUAUUACUAAUGGAUAGAUAUGCCUUCUGGGGCAUAGUUUAGGAGCUAAGAUAAUUAUGAACACACUAACCUAACACAAAUAAUAAUUAGAGGAUAAAGUCAAAGGAGCAAUUAUUGUUGAUAUGCAACCUUUUACAUAGUAGAGAGAAGGAAAAGAAACAAAAAAACUAGGUAUAAUGAAACUAUAUUUGGGUAGAGUUCAAAACUUAAAUUUAGCUGAUAAAAAUGAAGAACAAGUUUUAAAUGAAAUAGAAAGUGUAGUACCUUCUAAAAGAAUAGCAAGAAUUUUACUUUAAAAUUAUAAUAUAGAAGCUUAAUAAUGGAGAGUGGAUAUAGAUGAUAUUCUACAUAACUACGAUGACUUUCUAUACCAUGAUAUCUAAGGAAGUUGGUAGGGCAGAGUUAUCAUUUUAGCUGGAAAAAGAUCUGUUAUUGUAAGUAGAAGUUAAUUUGAUCCCUACAAAUCUAUAUUUUCACAAAUAGAUUUAUAAAGAGAUAUUAAAUUUAUUAAAAAAGCAAAUCAUUGGGUUUAUAAUGAUAAACCCACUUUAUUUGCUAACGAAGUUUCUAAUUUUUUAAAAGAAAUAUUUGAUGAAAAACAUAGUUGA